AUGCCGCCCAUUGCCACGCACCCGAGCGAUCUCUAUGGUCUUUACGAAGCCUUCAAUACGAACACCCACGAAUUCUUGUACACCACUUUCUCAGCUGUUGAUGACGACGAUGUUUUCUACUUUGGUCAACUGAAUGUCCCCCAACUCAAGAUUACCCCGGAACAAUUCACUGCUGCGCUUGAACGGAUCCCCGACCAAGAUAUCUUUCCCCAAUUGCUGUCGGAUGCUCGCUUGACCAUUGCCCCGGAUGAGCUGGACACCGAUGCCUUCUACAUCAAGCGCGCAAGGUUAGGAGCGUACGAGGAGCAUAGAAAGGACAAUACCCUGUCCACUAUUCCAACACUGGUUCUUGACGAGAUACAUGCCUUGCAAAUCGUCUCGGAACAACCUCACCCUGGCAUCAUCAGGUACCAUGGUCGUCGUCACUCAUACAACCUAAAGGAGCGUUUACUUGAGUCAGCGGUGCGGCAUAUCCAUUCGCUGGGCCUUGCUCAGAACGACAUUAACCCAUGCCAACAUUUUCGUCAACGCUGCCCGUAUACCGGUUUUAGUGGACUUUGGUUUUGUCGCGAGAUUGUGCCCAAGUUAGGAGCAUUUCGGGGAACAGUCGGUUGGUUCGAAGGCGACAUGCUCGAUUACAACACUUCAGAGAAAAGCCACGACUGGCUUUGGGUGGGGCUACAGUCUGGGAAGAGGGGCCCUACUUCGUACAGGUAA